AUGAACAACUACUCAUCGAACUGGAAAAAAUUGAGCUCAAAGAUAGGCAAGAAACUGCCGAGUACGGAAAAGAAAACCAAAAACGAGAAAAAUUUAAUCAGGAAAAGAAUCGACCAACACAAAGCCCAGCUUAUCGAGAAAGUUUCACGUUCCAGCAACAACAACGACGACGACACAGGAACAAGCGUGAGUGUCCUCGAGUAUACACUAUGGACUAAAGAAGACAACGACCCCAUUUCAAAACAUGAUCUCAUCAGAAACGCCGCGAAGCCGCGCGUGCUUCGCAAGCUGCCAGAUUGUCGAAGAGCAAAAGCCGGCAAAUACAUCGCCAUGGACUGCGAGUUUGUGGGAGUUGGCCCCCAAGGGGCCACCUCCGUGCUUGCUAGAGUAACCAUUGUCAAUUUCUACGGCCAUGUUUUGCUUGACGAGUACGUGCGGCCGACGGAGCGCGUCACUGAUUUCAGAAGCUGGGUCCUGGGGGUGCACCCUUGGCAUUUGAAAAAUGCAAUGAGCUUUGCUGAGGCCCAGGAAAAGGCGAGCUCGUUGAUGAAGGGUCGCAUAGUGGUGGGACAUGCACUCUCGAAUGAUCUCGACAAAUUGAAGCUAUCGCAUCCUUGGAGCAUGGUGAGGGAUACUUCUUGUGUCCCUGAGUUUCGAGCGCUGGUUGGUGGUAAAAAGCCCAGUUUAAAGACCUUGGUUCGUUUUUAUCUCGGUAUUGGCAUUCAAGAAGCGGAGCACAAUCCCGUUGAGGAUGCACGAGCCACGAUGCUUCUUUUCCGCUCAAGGAGGAAAGAAAUAGAAAAAGUGACAAAAGAGUAG